ACGUGAACAAAAUAUGGCCGACAGCAGUAAUCGGUGAACGAGUUGUUACCGUGCGUUUAAGUUACAUCCGACUACUACUGUCUGUGACCAUAAUUCCCAACAUUUUCUACAGAUAGCUACAUUCUCACCAAAACAAAAUGUCAACCGACUUCUGGCUUAUCUCAGCACCAGGAGAGAAAACUGUGCAACAGACAUGGGAGCGGCUAAAUAACAAUACAGCUCCAGAGAAACUCUCCAACAACUACAAGUUCCAGAUUCCAGACCUUAAGGUUGGAACUCUGGAUAUUCUUGUUGGUCUGUCAGAUGAGCUCGGCAAACUGGAUGUCUUCUGUGAGAGUGUUACCCGAAAAGUUGCACAGUACUUGGGAGAUGUGUUGGAAGAUAAGAGAGACAAACUGCGUGAAAAUCUCAAAGUCAAUGAUGCUCCUCCAGGGAACUACCUGCAGCGCUUCCAGUGGGACCUGGCCAAGUACCCCAUCAAACAGUCACUCAAGAAUAUCGCAGACAUUGUCGGCAAGCAAGUAAAUCAGAUUGAGUCGGACCUGAAAACCAAGUCGAAUGCCUACAACAACCUGAAGGGUAACCUACAGAGUCUGGAAAGGAAGGCCACUGGCAGUUUACUGACUCGGAACAUGGGAGAUCUGGUGAAGAAGGAGGACUUUGUGCUUGACUCGGAAUAUCUCGUCACCUUACUGGUCGUCAUCCCAAAGAACAACGUUAAUGAGUGGAUGGGAAAAUAUGAGAAGCUGACAGACAUGGUAGUCCCAAGAUCAUCAAAGGUCCUGUUUGAUGAUGGUGAGAACGCACUGUGCUCUGUGACACUCUUCCGACGGGUUGCCGAUGAGUUCAAGCAUCACUGUCGGGAAAACAAGUUCAUCGUGCGUGACUUCCAGUACAGUGAGGAGGAGAUUGUUGCAGGACAGACGGAGAUCACCAAGUUGGAGGCGGACAAGAAGAAGCAGUUUGGCCCCCUUGUCAAAUGGCUGAAGGUGAACUUUGGCGAAUGUUUUGCUGCCUGGAUCCAUGUGAAGGCCCUGCGAGUGUUUGUUGAGUCAGUGUUGAGGUACGGUCUUCCAGUCAACUUCCAGGCCAUGAUCCUACAGCCUCAUAAGCGCUCCGUGAAACGGCUACGGGAAGUCCUGGGUCAGCUGUAUGGACAUCUCGACAACACGACACUGGCGGGGGCAGCGGACGGUGUUGAUAUACCUGGCCUGAACAUGGGCAGUUCCGACUACUACCCCUACGUCUACUACCGCAUCAACCUUGACCUCAUCGACACCCACUGAUCACAUAUACCUAGUGUAGUCACCCAUAGAACACUGUUGAGAGAGGUUGACCAUGGCGGCUUAAGUAACCAGGAGUAACAUAUCGAAUAUUGAGAUACCCACCCAAACCAGACUUCCACAUUCGCAGAUUUUCUCAUGUACGGACUCUAGGAUGUUCAUCUUGGAUGCAUCUGCCAGAACCCGGAGUGACCAAACUCUGUCAUGGUUGUCCACAGAAAGGGAGGUCACUCUGCAGAUGAUGUGCAGUAGGGUUGUGAAAGUCUGGUUUGUGGGAGGUAUCUGGCAGUUGACACAUUGUGAUAUGUAGCUUCUGUUAUAAUUCAGACAAAUGUGAUAUUGAAUUCACUCAAUGCUGACACAGUAGCUUUGUCUUUUAGGAUUCAGUUUGUUCGUACUUGUUAUCUUAGAUUUUAGAAAAGAACAAAGAAGCCUUGUGGUAUCUUGGAUAUUUAGUGUUGGAAAUGCAAGAUUUUAUCAGUUUUAGAUGAUGAAUUGUUGAUUUGAUUAUCACUUGUCGUUAUUUUAAAUAUGUUGACCACAAAUUUAGAAAAAUAUAUAAAUACAACAUGCUUUGGUAAAGGGGUAUUCUGGUAUAUCUGUUCAUUCUAAGAUUUGAAAAUUACAGCAAUUAUGAAAAUCAAAAUCAGCCACCUACAUGCCUAUUUAAUCAUAUGAUUCCAUGUAUAUUGUGAAAGUCCCUAUAACUGUUAUCAUCAUGCUUCUAGUCAAACUGAUCAUUGUAAUAGAUAUCAAUAGUAGGUUUCAUACAAUACAAAAUGCUGGUCCAAAA